CUGACUGUACGAGACGAAGUUGGUCAGUUGCAAAGUUGGAACUUUGGGAAUUGGAUGUUCGUUCUGGGAAGGAAGAAAGAAAGCUAAGCAGAAAUUGCUUCAUGCUCUGGAAGUGUAAUGUUUAGUUCUGUUCUGUUCUCGAAUCGCUUCGUUUUGUUAAUAUUCAUUCUUAUUGUUGAUGCUUUCGCUUGUCUAUUUCCCCCUGGUGAUGGAUUGUUCAUGGUAGUCGAAUCCAUGCGGCCAAUCGAUGAUUAAUAUUUCUGUUUGGAGUCUUGUAAUUGAUAUGGCGUCUGCUGAAAUGGGUAUAAGUUAUCAUAUCAUAAAGCUUAGAACUUUCUCUGUAGGAAUAGCCAUUGAAGGGGUGACUAAGAAAGUAUUGAACUUUACAUGUUUUGUGUUGAUGGAACUCUGUUUGGCAGCUAUCUAGUGAUUUUGUCUAUUCCUUUGCAGUCAGCAAUGGCCAUUACUUAAUUGUUGGCUUCAUAAUUUCUUAGAUUGGAAGCAGCAAGUUGCAUAGUUUGGUCUGUAGAGAGUUCAUAAUUCAUGGAGAAUCAGGCUAUUGAAAGCCUGGAACAAGAAGAAGAGGAAUUGAAUUUGGGAAUGCUAGGGUUGUACGAAGGGAACGUGAGGGUGUUGCGGGAUGAUGAAGAGUCUGCUGCAGAAGAAAUCAUGUUGUUAUGGGGAAUCCAACAGCCCACUUUCUCCAAACCCAAUGCUUAUGUUGCUCAGUCUUCGCUCCAACUCAGCCUUGAUGCUUGUGGUCACUCCCUCUCCAUUUUGCAGUCUCCUUCUUCACUGGGUACACCGGGAGUAACAGGCUCAGUUAUGUGGGAUAGUGGCAUUGUAUUAGGCAAGUUCUUGGAACAUGCGGUUGAUUCGAAGAUGCUUGUUCUUCAAGGAAAGAAGGCUAUUGAGUUGGGUUCAGGCUGUGGAUUGGUAGGCUGCAUAGCAUCUCUUUUGGGUGCUGAAGUUAUACUCACUGAUCUCCCUGAUCGACUGAGACUGCUCAAAAAGAAUGUAGAAAGCAAUUUGGGACAUGAACACCUACGUGGCUCUGCAGUCGUGGAGGAGCUUACUUGGGGUGACGAACCUGAUCGGUGCAUGACUCAACCUUUACCUGAUUAUGUUGUGGGAUCAGACGUGGUGUAUAGCGAAGGGGCAGUGGUUGAUUUGAUAGACACACUCCUAAAGCUCUGUGGAUCCGAAACGACAGUAUGCAUAGCCGGGGAGCUCAGGAACGAUGCAGUGUUGGAGUACUUCUUGGAGGAAGCCAUGAAGGUGUUCAAGGUUGGGCGUGUCGAGCAGUCGGAGUGGCAUCCUGACUAUCGCAGCCCUCGUGUUGUGAUGUAUAUUAUGGUGAGGAAGUAGCAGAGUUAUUUGGGAGAGAGCCAAGAAGCAGCUUCCUGAGUUCAUUAUUACAGUUGGCUUCUUCUCCUCUGUCACAGAUUAAGUCAGCAAUGGAACUUUUUUGUUGUACUUGUUACAUGAUUUUCGGAUCCUGUAAUCCAGUUAUGAUUCGGGAUUUCGCUACAAUAACUUAGUGUUAACUACAAGUACCUGUGGUCAUUUGAGUAGUCCAUGUAUGUAUGAACAUCGGUUUCAAGUGCUGCUGUAACAGGCGGCUGCUCCUCACAUUUGUCUUUCUUGCUUGUUGUUCUGUAAUAGAUACUCCAGUGACACUGCUGUAGCUAGCUACACUGACUUUGCAGCGUGGGCCAAUCUUGUACAUGUCUAUCUUUCCGCACAACCAAGGAAAGUCUGCGGAAUGCUUUCCAGAAUUUCGGCCAACUCGCAGAAGGUAAUGCCAAUGAAUUUUAUCGUCGAAAUCAAUUCAGUGAUCUUUCUUCUCUUGUCAGCUUUUAACCUUCGGCCUUCAUAUAAAAGAACUUGUGGUUGUCCUACAGUCGAUCUCGUGAUGGACAAAAUUGCAAGAAGGCCGAGAGGCUUUGCCUUCCUUCGUUUUGCCACUGCAGACGAAUCCCAGAAUGCCAUCAAAGGAAUGCACGGGAAGGUAAAGCUUCACCACUCCAUGAGUAGAGUUAAUGCAGUCCAUUUUCGUUUAGAUGAGGUCAGUGACGAUCAAGAACCAACUGCCCUCUUAGUUUCUGGACGGCAGAUUGAUAUUCAUGGAGGUUGCAAAAGCCAGAUCGGAGCUUCACAAAGGUCCAACGCUGAACCAAUGAAGACCAUUUCUGCACAGGAGGUGUGAGGGCAUAUCUCGCCUUACUUGACAAAUAUGUAGUCACGGUUUACGGAGCUUGUACUCUUGCUUUUCCAAUCUUAAAUCAACAAGAGCAAAAACAAGUCCUUACCCUUCUCCAUGUAUCAGUAUGCUACCAAGUAUCUCCAAAUUCUGGGACAAACCAUCGUUCAACAGUUCUAACAAACAACCUGAAGGGCGUAAUACGAAACUCGGAACGCGCAAAACUGGUACAUACUCAACUGGAAAAGGAUUCUGAAAGUGUUCUGAACGAACAGCCUGGGGAGAGAGAGAGAGGAAGGCUAAGAAUGUGACAACAGUAGGCUGAAAGAAAUGAAAACACAGGGAGUUAUGGUAUGCAACAAAGGAUCAUUCAAGAAAAGGGAAGUCACUUG